UUUGUAUUUUCCAGUACGUAUGGUAGUCGUCGUUGGCACUUUUUGAUGAUGUGCUUUGAGCGCCACUGUUUGUACUGUCAUGGAGGAUAGCGAAGCUCUUCGUAGGCAAAUACAACUUCUUGAAGAUCUUAUCAGCAGGCACAAGAAUACCCAGGGAGCUGUGACAGUAGCAUCAGCAGUACAUCAGAGGAAUCAUGGGCAGACUGUGAUUAGCAGACACAGUGUGCCACAUCUUCCACCGGGGCAUUCUGUUCCACCUCACAGGCACCAUUCACAGCAUUUCAGAAACAGGGUAACUUGGAAAAAUCAAUAUUCCUGGAAGAACCUGCAGCUUGGAUGCACUCACACUGUACCAGAAUAUGCUUCACAGAAACUCCAAGAUAAUGAUGGCAUCCCCAGGAAUGUUGUGCAGACAAGCAGUUCACAGGGAGUGACAGGACUCCAGAAGCAGUUUGUACAGCCUACUGCAUCUUCUCAUACUAAAGCAACUGUCAAUAAAGAAACUGCUGCUCCUUCUAAUACUGCAGUUAGAAAGCAGGUAUGGCAUCAGUCCCUGGACAGGGAAAGUAUUGUGCAAUCAUUACCAGUGUCAGAGAGGAAGAAUACAGAGACAUCAUCUUUGACUGCAGAUGUGAAGAGUUUAGGGCAGCUGUCCAUUCAUAUUGGCAAAAAAUAUUUAGAUAAGGUGCACAAUGACAUGGAAAAGAGAAGUACGAUUCAUCCAGCUGAGGCUAAAGUCUGCUCAAGUUGUGGCCAUUUAUCUGGAAUUGUGGGCCAGAAGAGUGCCAGUCAUUCAUCUGGGACUGUGAUGAAGAGAAGCCCUGGCAAGGUGACAGCAUUUUCGCUAAAGAAAAAUAAUAGCCAGCAGAUCAUUUAUUUGGGCAGGGAAUGUAAUGCUCAAGCACAUAUUGUACAGGAAAAGAAAAUGCCACAACAGCUGUCUGUCUCUGCCACUGUGGGACAUGUUGGCCAGGCAACUGAGGUAAUGCCUGAUGGGAAGGGAACAGAAGUCUUCACAUCAAAGAGAGUAUUGUGCAAAAGAAAACCAGAAGUAGCUUCUGCUGGAAAAUCCACUGUAUUGAACCAAGGAACAUUGCUUCAUUUGAAGCCCAGACUAUUGCAGGAAGAAGGCUGUGAGCAAUCUCUGCACUCUCUCCAGUCCCUGUCACCUAUUAAGCUCUCCUCCGUAAAUCCAGUUGUUUCUAAAUAUAGGACUUCUUAUCCAUUUGCUGCAGAUUCUUCAGUACCCCCAGCUUCACCAGUGAGGUCUGGCAGUGCUCUUGUUAGUAAAAACUCUGGUUCACCUUAUUUAGGCAAAUCAUUUUCUAAACCAGCUGUGAUGGCUAUGAGCCCUUCAAAGUUUUUAGAUCUUAAGGGCCAGCAUCCUGAAUCUUCUCCUGAUAAGUCUGUCUAUACAUGGACAAAGAAACCUGAUUCCCCUGUUCAAGUGCAGAUGUUUCGAAGGCAUGUCUCAGAAGAACCAGCUAAUACUAAAGCUGUAGACUGUGGAUUUCCCUUGGCAGCUUCCAGUUCCUUGCUUUCUUGUCCUUCUGUUUUUUCUGCACAAACACCAAAAAGGAAGGUUGUAUAUUCUUCCAAAUUACCUUCUAAACAGUCCUCUGUGAUACCUCUCAGUGACAGAAAUGCAAGAUCUCUAAAUGCUAAGUAUACCUGGGUAGCAAAGACUGCCCGAUGUAGCAGCGCCAGUAGGAAACCAUUGUCUUCAAAAAGUUUAGACUUUGCGAAAAAAGUCAGUUCAGGAACAUCAAAAAGUUUCAAGUCAUCUUCCAAAUAUACUUGGGUAGCAAAGACAGCCCUGUCUAGAAGUAGAAGCAGUAACUCAGUUUCUCCACAGGCAUUAAACAGUGCAAAAAAAUUGGGGGUAGUUAAGACUUCAGCAGUUAAACUAAUGUCUAAAUGUAGUCCAGGCAUGGGUGUAAAAAAGACAAAUUUAACCUCUAGAACAGGAACAUCUACAAGUAAGUACCAGUGGAAGGCAUCUGGUGUAUCUCACGAUGCUUUAAUUUUGAAAUCGAUGUACAAGUGGAAACGUGCAAUUCCAGAACAGACUGGAGUAGCCCAACUAGCAGGAAAUGUCCCUGGACCAGGCACAUCAGGUAGACUGACUGCUCAAAAGACCACGAGUAGUUUUGCAUUAACAUCCGGGGCCAUCUCAUCAUCUGUCUACAAGUUGAAGAGCAGGACUAAGCUGAUCAGACGCAGGAGCAGCAGCAACUCCCCUGUUGACAAGAAGAGCAAUGUAAUCUCUUUGAUGAUAAAAAAUCGCUACAGUCUCUGGAGGAAGACACCCCCACACAGGAGGUCCCCUCCUGUGGGCCAGAAAACCUCACCAAAGGGACUUGUGCAGCUGGGGAAGCACAAGCUACGUAGACUUCCUGCUGCAAAGCAUACUACUGAAGGACCAGGCAUUGGUUCACAUCAGUCAAGGAGCCCAUCAUCCAGCAAAGUAAUAAAGACAAAAUACAAAAUAGUUAAGAAAAAUUUGGCUUCAUCUCCAAGUGUGAGCCCAUCAUCCAGCAAGGUGAUAAAGACAAAAUACAAAAUAGUUAAGAAAAAUUUGGCUUCAUCUCCAAGUGUGCUUUCAGGCAGUUGGUUGCGUAGUCCAUUCUGGAGAGCUUGGCAUAGCCCAUCUACAAGGUCUGUACUACUGAAUAGAACACAAUGGCCAUUCUUUAACCGAUCCCAGGGGUUACAGCAUAGGUGGAAGAACAAGGGAAUCCGUUGUAUUGGUGGUGUAAUGUACAGCGUCUCUCCAAACAAACUGUCUAGAGCUUUGUACAGUCCAGGUACCACAUCUGCCUUCUCCACAAGGAGGCUGGAUUCUGCAAAAGGAAGUCCUGUGCAUUUUGUUUCUGGCAGCUGUUUCAGACUCUCUACAUGCCGGUACAUCGAAAGUCGAGCAGUCCAGCGCAGCCUUGCUAUCAUUCGCCAGGUCAAGCAGAAGAAGGAAAAGAAGAGAGAGUACUGUAUGUACUAUAACCGCUUCGGGAAGUGCAACAGAGGUGAAAAGUGCCCCUUCAUCCAUGAUCCAGAGAAAGUUGCUGUUUGUACACAGUUCCUUCGUGGCACAUGUAAGAAGACUGAUGGAACUUGUAUCUUUUCACAUAAAGUAUCCAAAGAUAAGAUGCCAGUAUGCUCUUAUUUUCUUAGGGGAAUUUGCAACAACAGCAACUGUCCUUACAGUCAUGUAUAUGUGUCUAGGAAAGCUGACAUUUGCCAGGAUUUCCUCAAGGGAUACUGCCCUCAAGGAACAAAGUGCAAGAAGAAGCACACACUUACCUGCCAAGAGUUUUCCAAAACUGGGAGCUGUCCACGGGGUUCAAAAUGUAGACUGCUGCACAUAAACAGAAAGAAUCGGAAAAGAUCAUCUCGGUUCCCAGCAGCUCAUGAGCAUAGCUCAGCUAAACGGGCAAAACGAGGACAAGAACCACAGAGGUUUACUAAUGAUCAGAAAUCAGCAUCUCGUUCAGAAGAAAAGUCCAGCAUUCAAAGUGAGAAUGAAAGUGAAACUUCGGUGUUAAGGGGCUUGGCGAAGCUUCCCUCCUUCAUCUCUCUGAGGAGUUCUUCAUCAGAUGGUGUUGCCGAGUCUGAAACAGAAGCUGAUGAAGAAAGCAAGGAGCCAGGAAGAACUAUCCAGAUCAAACCCCGAUUCUAAGUAAAAGCUCUGAAUUCAAGUCCUGAUGCCUUAUUAUUAAAGAUAUGAACAUUAACUGAAGCAUCUCAGGAAUUAUGCAUAGCAGAAGUAGCCUUGAAAGUAUCUCAGGAAAAAUUAGCUAAAUAGCAGGUCUUUUAAUGUACCCCUCUGAAAAAUAGAAAAUUGUAUGGAGUAAAAAGGUGUUUUCUAAAGUGUAUGAUAUAUUUUAAAAACUUAGGGUAUUUUUAUUUAAUCCCUCUUACUCACCCUUCAUUCACAGAACAAUACUGAUUGCUUGUGGUUGGUGUGUGGCAUUUUUCUGUGUCACUUUUUAAGUCUUUUUUUGUAGGAAAGUUUCUCACUGAAUCUGUUUCAGCUGGAAGAGGGAGUAGUUAAAUGCAAAAGUCCCAUAUAUGUGUCACUAAGUUGGUUCUCAGGUUUUGUUUCUGCACUGUUUUACAUUACCUUUGAGAUACCUUUGCAGAUUUUUAUACUUCACUAGGAGUUGUGGAAGGUGCCAUGCAUCCUAGUUUCAUAGUUGGCUUGUAGCUUUUCAGUGUUGUCACCUUUCUGACUUGGGUAUCAACUAAGUUUAAAAUCAGGCUGAGUUCUUUUUCUCCAAGGGAAUAGCUAUGGUUUUAAGCACCUCACUGCUGAGUGUGGAUGAAGGAACAAGGGUAAAGGUAUUUAACACUAUUCAAUUUAAUAACUAGUUAACAUCAUAAACGAGUGGCCCACUGCUAUUGCAAUGCUGUCAUUAAAGUUACGGGAGAUUUGUGUGCCCUGCUGUGAGCUAGUGUAAUGAGAUAAUCUGAGGUUAGGCAUUUUGGUUGUAGAGUAGAUGACGCCAACCUUUUACUGUAUGCUGUCCUGCCAGUUGAUUUACUUUGGAGUGGUUCAGACACUUGCGUAGAAGCCAGUGUCUACAUGUCUGACAAAAGAACAUGGGAAGCACAGAGUGGUACUAUAAAGUGACAUACGGAAAAUUUCUAAGUCUUCAGCAGCAGCUUUUCAUUACAGUAAUGGCUGCUUCUAGCUUCUGUUGGCUUUUACUUUGCAGUUUACAAACGUAUCUAAGCAUCUGAAGAGAAAACCAUCUUCUUGCCAGUAGGUAGCUGUAAUAUGACUUGACUUCUUUCUUUUACGUGAAAUUGAUAGCUGUAAUUUUGUCCACUGUUUGACUGUACCAAGUUGUGGACUUGCAUACUGAGCAGCAUCUUUUUCCUUUUUUUUUUAUUUAAUCUACUGUUUUCAUUUGCAUACCACAUGAUCCCAUGCACCUUUUUAACAAGUUCUGCUUUGAGUCACAUCAGGAAACAUAGUUAAUCUUAAUGUGCCUUUUUCAUUUAACAAUUUAGGAGAAAAAAGAAAAAUCUAAUGAGCUUGAGAAAAAAAUAGAUUUUUGCUAUAUAGUAAUUGUUUAAUAGUUUGCCCCUCUCAUUUGUUGGCAGUCUCAAGGCAAAGAGGUACUUUAAAAAUAUCAUUCUGCAGCUGACAUUUGGAACUGCAGUAUGCAUACCAAAAGGGUUAGCAUUUCAUUGUGUCUUUUUAUAUAGUUAAAUACAGGCAGGCAUCAACUAAUAUUGGCAAUAUGCUGGCAAUUUAUGCUCUGUUGUGUGCACAACUGAAGAAUUCAUUUUGGAGGGUAUUAAGUAUGGCAUAGUUUGACUAGGUGGUUUACAAAGAGGACAGUGCAUUGUGGUGUGUAUUGUGUUUGCUGUAUGUGGAAACUUAAUUGCAAAAAAUAUAAUUUUUUUUUUAAUA